AUGUACCAGGAACGGGGGCGAUCGCCUUCAGAGGGAACCUCUGGCUGCGGCGGGCGAGUGCGGCCGUGGUUGCUGGCCAGCCCCGCGGCCCUGGCUGGUGUGCAGCGCGAGCACCUGGCGGGCGAUGGCGCCGAGCGCGAGCGGCCCCGGGUGGCGAGGGCGAGGCCCCGGGGCCCCGAGCGCGCCGCUCUCCGACGUCGACAUCGGCUCUGGCGGCGCCGGGCCCGGGCGGCUCGGGGGCUCCUUCGGCUGAUGGCGCUGGCGGCGCUGGCAUCGCAGCCCGGGGUGGCCGGUGGCGCCGAGACCGUCGGGAACGCCAGCGUGGGUCUUAUUGAAUUUUCUGUGGGGAAAUUUAGAUACUUCAAGCUCAACAGACCCCUUCCAGAGGAAGCUAUUUUGCGUAAUAUUUCCAGCAAUGUGACUUUUCUUAUUUUCCAAAUACACUCACUGUAUCAGAAUACAACCAUUUCUUUUUCUAAGACUCUCCUUCCCAGCACCUCGGGAACAGGCACUGACAAAGGACUGGUUUUCAUUCUUAGACCAGAGCAGAGUAUGUGCUUUUGGUAUUUGGAGACUUCAGAUGCUGAGCCUGUCCAAAAUAUGGCCAUUCCACUCUCCUACUCAGAAAGAGAUCCUAUUCCUGGAGGCUGUAAUUUGGAGUUUGAUUUAGAUAUUGACCCCAACAUUUACUUGGAGUAUGAUUUCUUUGAAACAACUAUCAAAUUUGCCCCAGCAAACCUAGGCUAUGCAAGAUGGGACUUCCCCCACAAGAGAUUGAUGUUCAGUUUUUUUCAGAUGGUUACUCUAACAGCUAAUGAUAAGACAAGUGUUUCCUUCUCCUCCCUCCGGGGACAAGGUGUCAUUUUUAAUGUCAUUGUUUGGGACCCAGUUCUCAAUACAUCUGCUGCUUAUGUUCCUGCUCACACAUAUGCUUGCAGCUUUGACGCAGUAGAGGGUAAUUGUUUUUCUCUUGGAAGAGUAUCGACCAAAGUGUUUUUCACUCUUUUUGCCCUGCUUGGUCUCUUCAUUUGUUUCUUCGGACACAGAUUCUGGAAAACAGAAUUAUUCUUCAUAGGCUUUAUCUUCAUGGGAUUCUUCUUUUAUAUACUGAUUACCAGACUGACACCUAUUAAGUAUGAUGUUCGUCUGGUUCUGACAGCCAUCGCCGGAAGUCUUGGUGGGAUUUUCUUGGUAGCUGCUUGGUGGCGAUUUGGCAUCCUCGCGCUCUGCAUGCUGUGUGUUGGACUAGUGCUGGGCUUCUUCGUCUCUUCAGUGACUUUCUUCACUCCGUUGGGAAACCUAACAGUAUUUAGUAAUGAUGCUGUGUUCUGGGUGACCUUCUCUUGUAUAGUUGUUCUCAUUCCAGUAAUUUUCAUGGGCUGCCAAAGAAUACUGAACAUCCUGACUUGUGGAUUCAUUGGCUCCUAUUCGGUGGUCUUGGCCAUUGACAGUUACAUGUAUACAAGUCUUUCUUACAUCGCUUUGAACGUACUCAAGAGAGCACUCAGCCCUCAUUUCCGCAGAGCUUUCACAAAUGUGCCUUUUCAAACUAAUGACUUUAUUAUCCUGGCAGUAUGGGGCAUGCUGGCUGUCAGUGGAAUUACGUUGCAGAUUCGGAGAGAAAGAGGGCGACCGUGUUUUCCUCCUCACCCGUACAAGUUAUGGAAACGAGAGAGGGAACGCAGAGUGACCAACAUCCUGGAUCCCAGCUACCACAUCCCUCCAUUGAGAGAGAGGCUCUAUGGCCGAUUAACCCAGAUCAGAGAGCUCUUCCAGAAGGAGCAGCCAGCUGGAGAGAGAACACCCCUGCUUCUGUAGAUGCCAACGGCCUUGGUCAGUGUGAUCCUGAAGAACACAGGCACUGCGGCAGCUUUGGUGUUUGUGCCCAGCCUGCUUCAGCCAUCUCCAGUGCAAGUCUGAUAAGAAAACAGGCUUGUGUAUCUGUGUGCGGUGUCCUUACCGAUGCAUGGAGAUUAUAAUUCUAAGUGAUGAAAAGAUGACCAAAAAAUGGGUGGUAGGGAAGCUUUUCCUUAUUCCAAAAUACUUGAGAAAUUACCUCUUGGUUUACAUGAUCAACUUGUUCCAUUAAAUAGAUACACACACGCACACGCACACACACAAAUUAAAAAACUGAUUCUCACAUAAAGCCGUGGUGUUUUCUUUUUACAAGUCCUGGAAAAUUUCUCACACUUUAGUCCGUCUAAACCUGGGGGGCAGGGGCACAGAGGAUGGUUUGAGUGUUAGACUGAGUUUUUUGCUACUGUUUAGAGAUUUAGGGAUUUGAUACUGGGUCUUUGAACUUCUGAGUCAAAAGGAAAACUAACUUAAAAAGUCUGAUUACUUAAUUGCAUCUCUGUUAGUAUCAUAUAGUAACAAAAGGUGUCAUUCUUUUGCUUAUUUUUGUGAUAAAAAACACAUUUACCAUAUCAUUUUAAAUGUAUAGUUUUUGCUUUUUUAUUGUUUAAAGUGGUAAUUUAAAUAGCUAAAUUAUUUCAAUUUGAAAAUAGAUCUAAUUUAUAUAGAUAACAGAACUUUUAUAUGGAUGAUUAAUUUAUAUUCCAAAUAAUGGCCUGGUUUUUUUUCCUGGCCCUUUAAAAGAGUAUUGAUAGCUGAUCUCUAAUUUAAACCAUAUUAAGUGACAUAAAUUUUUGUUUUGUUAAUCUUUACCUGCAUUUUGUAGUUCUUUCGGCUAAAUUAGUUAUUAGCAUUGAUGUGAAAUACAAUUUCAAAAAACCUCUAUAUGAAGCCCUUUGUACCAUCUGUGUUUAAUGUGAUGAGGAAGUCAAAGCACUCAGUGUUUAAUGGAGCUACUUUUGAAGUAGAGGCUUGGCAUUUGUAAGGAAAGUCCCUUCAGUUUUAACUUUUUUUUUUUUUUUUCAUCAUGAGAAUGUAACCUGGGUGCCCUGGGCUGCAUAGCUGCUCCUCAUGGCCUUUUAACUGUCAGAGCCUCUGCCACCAGCUCUGCCUGGGACUUGACAUGUCUGAGUGACAGGGUGGUUGUAUGCACAUUUGUGAGUUAACCACCAUUUGAAAUGAUGCUGCUUUAGAGUUUUUUCAAAGCACAAUAGAUUUUUGAAAUUUCGGGUAGCUGGAAAAUUUUCAACUUUUACUUUUGAAAGUGUCUUGGAAAUGAUUUAUUCUGUAAUCCACACUAUUUAUAUAACCGCAGUAACACUUAAACUUCAAGGAAAUUUUUUUUUAUAAUUCACCGUAGGGAUUCUGACUUCUGCCAUAUCUUGGUAUAUUCUAACAAAGUUAUACAAAAUGUUUGUGAGUUAUUUUCUAUACCAUUAAAACGCACUGCCAGUGAAGAUUGUAAAGAUACAACACACUUUUUUGGAGGGGGAUACAAAUUGUUAAAAUUUAUGUUAAUUUGUGAGUAAUAAAAAGCUCGUUUGUACAAUUUUUAAAUAAAUUCCUAUUUUGAAAAAAA